AUGCUCAAGGAAAAAAACGGGCCGGGGAAAUCUGUCAAGGGAGGGCGGAGGGUGGAGACUGGCGUGCGGAUGGACGGUCGAGGGCGGAUGGCGGAAGAAACAAAACCCACCCAGGCCGCUCGGCACGUCGCGGUUGGCGGCGGUACCUGGGCGCCUGCGCAUCUGCGGUGCUUCGUACGGGUGCCGCGCGAGUGGCUGGCUUCCGGAGCCGGCCCGUCAAGCAAUCAAGCCAUGGCCGGCGGCGACGAGACGAGAAUGGAAUCAUUCUUCGCAGCCAUGCCGAGUAUUGCUCUCUACCGCGCUCGCCCUGGUGCCGUUUGCUUCCGAGUCGGGGCUUCGGCCAUUGGCGGUCACGGCCGCCGUGGCGUCCAAGGUCGCGGCGCAUCCCCUGCAGCAAUUUGCGGCCUGCCGCCGUGCUUUGCUCGUCGGUUCACGGCCCAGCGCAGCGGGCUGGCACGGCGCAUGGCACGCCGCCCGCCGCAGGGACGAUCGACAGCAGCAUGGCCAUCUCGGGAGCAUCGACUUGCACCCGUGCUGCACCGAGCACUUACGGGCACCUUGGGCUUUCGUGCCGUCCCUCCUUGCGCCCGUGCGAGUUCGAGCAAGCAAGCGCCUGCCGCAGGGUGCUUGCUCGUGGGUACGGAGUGCGGAGUGCGCGCCGGCGACUCGGCGCUGCCUCCAUCCGUCUUCCGGGGGCAUGGCACCGGCCUGCGGUUAUUAGUAGGUGCAUUAUACGUUCUAGUGUCGAACAACGACAUCUACAACCACCACAUGCACACGUAA